GUUCUAACACUGUAAACCCCUUCGUCUCAUCCUAAAAGUUUUGAACCUUCGUAUUCUAUUCAUUACCUCAAUUCACCAUUUUACAUCUAACCCCUUUUUUUUAUUCGCCUUCUCCUGGCAUCAACUUCACAUCCCGCUUUGUGGAUUGUAGCCCACUCAACUUUAUCGGCCGCUUCAAUGCAGUCGUUUACGAUCUGCUAGAUUGAUUAAAAAUAAGAUCUGUUAAAAGUCGGAAUCGUUGAACGGUCAACGACGCCACAGGACAACGUGUCUGACGCGUAUGCGUAUUUGACAUUCUAUCCGUCCAUCGUUUGUCCUUGCGAACCGCGCCGUGCCCUCUUCGUUUCUUCCAAUAAACCUUCAAUAAUUAUUACCAUUGCCGUCGAAUUUCCUACGAUUUCCCCUCGUGUCGUUCGUUUAUCUACUAAGACGGACGGACCUCUGAUACGAAUAGACAGCGCAUAGACGGCGGGAACAUCGGAUCUUCCCACAUGCAUCAAUAAAAGACAGAUAACGGCGAAAACAAACAAAUUCAUCACCCGUUUAAUUGAGCGAAUUCACUAAACCGCACGCUCCCACUGACUGCCGCUUGGAAGGGCGUCGUUAAGCUCCAUUAUGGAUUUGCUACGGCGCGCUUACAGGCGCGUGCCUGUGGUAAUGGGCAAUACUCAACUUCCCACAACCGGCGAGAAGAGAGGUCAACCUAACAGAUUCACUUCCCGACUCGCCUUUUUCCGACGACCACUCAGAUUAAAAGGCAACUCUAGUAUAUCUGUUCCCUUGGGCGUGGUUGUUUUAUUCCCAUGCAUUGUUGUUGUCCUUAUCCUAGUCUUGUUUGUUAGACAUCCAAGUUCUCCAGGUCGGAUAUUAAUGCCUGCUGGCGCACCUCCAGCUAUUCGAAAAAUUAGCGAAGAGCAUGACAAGGUAUUCGUUAACGGUUGCCUCAAGCCCGAUACUACAACUGAACGUGUUAACGGCGCGUUUGUCGUCCUCGCCCGAAACAAGGAAUUAGAAGGUGUUAUUCAAUCGGUUAAGUCAAUUGAACGACAUUUCAACCGAUGGUACCACUACCCCUACGUCUUCUUGAACGACGGGGACUUCAACCAAACCUUCAAGGAUGUCAUCCGCAACUAUACAUCUGCUCCGGUCGAGUUUGGCAAAGUUGGCGCCGAGAUGUGGGGUUAUCCUGACUGGAUCGACCCUAAAGUCGCAAAAGAGGGUAUUGCUAAGCAAGGAGACGCCGCUGUCAUGUACGGUGGUCUUGAGAGUUACCACGCCAUGUGCAGAUUCUAUUCCGGAUUCUUCUAUGACCACCCUCUUCUUGCCAAAUACGAGUGGUACUGGCGCUUGGAGCCGGAGAUCAAGUACUUCUGCGAUAUUACCUAUGACCCCUUCCUUAAGAUGAUUGAAUACAACAAGACAUAUGGUUUCACCAUUGCUGUCAAGGAACUUCGAGAAACUGUUCCCAAUAUCUUCCGUUAUGCUUCUGCCUACAAACGUCUAAACAAUAUCACAUCCCAAGGUCUCUGGGAAAUGUUCGUUGAACCCAAACCAGAGAAGACAGCACCUGAAGAUGACCCCAAUUACAAGCCUCCUCUACCUGAGGAAAUCCUACGCACCGACCCCGGCCGUAUGAACCUUCCCGAGAUCGACCCCGAAGCUAUGGAAGGCGAGAGUUAUAACAUGUGCCAUUUCUGGUCUAACUUUGAAAUUGCAAAACUCAGCUGGUUCCGCAGUAAAGAAUACAAGGACUUCUUCGAGAUGAUGGAUCGCAGCGGCGGUUUCUGGAUGGAACGAUGGGGUGAUGCUCCUAUCCAUUCUCUUGCUGCUGGCAUUCUUCUGGGCCCGAAGGAUAUUCACUACUUCCGGGACUUCGGUUACCGACACACCACUAUCCAGCAUUGCCCCGCAAACGCUCCCGCUCGCCAGCUUCCUCGUGAGCCAUUCCUCGAGAAAACGACCACCGACGAGAGAAAGCGAGUAGAGGAGGAUGAGUACUGGGACCAAUGGGACCCUGAAAAGGAAAAUGGUGUGGGCUGCCGCUGCCGCUGCGAUACCGAUAUUGUUGAUGUCGAGGGCAAGGAAGGCUCAUGCUUGGCCGAAUGGGUUGAUGUUGCUGGUGGAUGGGCGAGCCCGUAGUGAGAUUUUGUAGAGGCGAUAUGCUUUUGGCAAUCUCUUGCUAUGGUGGUCAUGGUUGGAUAUCCAGGAUCUUCCGGUGAUAUUAUCCGACGCGCCACACAGCAUUGCAGAAUACUAACGACGGAACGACAUUUGUAUUUGACCUAAAUAAGUUCUUCGUUACUUGCUCACAUGAGGGCACUCAGAAAUAAUACGAAAGUUUGGCUUCGGAGAAGGGGCGCAGUGAAAGGCUGAGAGGGUUUACAGCAUUUUUGUAUUUGGGGGCCUA